AUGACGCGACACACGGUAUUGGUCAAGGCCAAGAAGAAAGCGAACGAAGAGGUGCCGGAGGAUUGGGAUGCGCAAGAUUCAGACUCGGAUUGCGCGUCUGGAUCUGGAUCAGGGUCUGAUGGAGGUGCGCAAGCCGGUGCUCGACUGAACGUGCGGCAUGAGCAUACGAGAUAUGCGGAUGGUGCGAGCGCAAGCGUCGAUGCUGGAGCUGUUGCUGGAAAGUUGCCUGCUGGGCCGGGGUCCGGCGGAGAGACGGGUAGAGUGCAGCCGCUGAAAGUUGACGUUGGGGCUGAGCCUAGGGCAGAAGCUGCUGGCCAGCACACCCAAUCCGCGCAAGCACCAACAUCAGCGCCUUCUCCUGCACGCUCUGAACAGAAGAUAAGAAUCUUGGCGGGUGGAGGUGGCUCAGCAUUAGCUGGCCUCACAUCAACAUCCACCAAAUUGCGAGGCAAUACUGGCAGCGUUGCUGCUCCAGCUGCUCCUGCUAGGUAUGCUGACGCGUGGGAUGAUGAGCAAGCGUAUCAGGUGGACGCGCACCUGAAUGCACCGGGCGGGUCAAGUGCACCUGCGCAGGCACGUGGGCCAGGAGACAUCAAUGGUGGAGCUGCAGAGUGGGCUUCGAAGGAAUGGAACGCUGCGUAAGUCGAAGUCCGAGUCCGCUCUUGAGGUUUGACUGUGCUCUUCCUGCACCUGAAUUGACGCUUCAUGUGCUCCCGCGACUCUGGUCUUAUCGUUGCGUGAUGAAGAAAUUCUCGAUUACCCACGCUGGCACCCACAUUGUCUUCGCGAGGCACACUUCCAUCCCUCUUGGGUCCCUCACUGAACACAUCAGACGUCUCGCGCCAACCUCCCAAGAUCCUCAGUCGACCAAAAGAUCAAUAUGGUAAUGUGUUGGGGCUCAGACAGGAUGAGGGAGGGAGCGGAGCAGCAAAGAAAAAGACGUUGAAGGAGAGAGAGGAAGAGUAUAGGGAAGCUAGAGACAGGAUAUUUGGAGCUGCUGCUGGUGGUACUCAGGAGCAUACGAAAGAGACACGUGGCUCUGCAUCCGCAUCUACAUCUGCAUCUGCUGCCUCUGCCAGUGCCGCUGUCUCAAGCACGGAAGUGAAACGCAACAUGGACAAAAAACGCGCUCCUAGACCGGCGCGCAAUCUCGAGGGACAGACACAAAGCCGAUCCCAUUCAGUGCCUUCCGAUGUGCAAGAAGCAGCAGCUCUCGGCUCGCAAAAGAAUAGGAUUUUGCACGCCGGUCAAGCUCAACCUCGUGCGCCACUGCCCUCAUCCGCAUCCGCAUCCUCCGGAUCAAUAGGAUUCAAAAAUCACAAUCGACAACCAGCACGAAAUAGAGCGGGAGCAGAACAAUAG